AUAAAGCAUGGGAGAGAGGACCAGACUGACAGAGAGCUGACCCAGAGUGACCAUGGCUGCACUCGAGUUGAGCUGUGAGGUAUCAGAGGAGAAUGUAGAACGCAGGGAGACUUUCUGGGCUGAGUGGAAGGAUCUGACACUGUCUGCACGGCCAGAGGAGGGUUGUUCGGUGCAUGAGGAAGACACCCAACACCGAGAGACCUACCAUCGGCAGGGGCAGUGCCAGGCGCUGGUGCAACGAUCACCUUUGCAGAUGAUGCGGAUGGGCAUCUUUGGCCAGAGGCUGCAGGAGUACCAGCUGCCCUAUGCCAGGAUACUGCCUCUGCCCAUCUUCACACCCUCCAAGGUGGGCUUCAAGGAAGACCGGGAAGCCACCCCUGUCCAACUUCGGGAGCUGCUGGCUCUGGAGACAGCUCUGGGGGGGCAGUGCCUGGACCGGCGCGAGGUGGUUGAGAUCAAAAAGGAGCUGCCCCCUGUGGUGGCUGCCAGCCAUCCCCAGUUUGGCAAGCCGGGCGCCCCUCGUCGUUCUCUAUCCCGAUCCCUGUCCCAAGAAGCACAGAGAGGCUGAAGGGGACUCGGGGUGAAAUCCCUGCUCCCCUGACUGUGGCCCCCCUGCUGUGGGCACUACCCGGCUAAGACCUGGGGGAGAGGGGGGGGGGGACUGGUCAUUAAAGCUUUGUAGUUAGCCCAGAGUUGGGUUGGGGAAGUAGGAGCUGGAAAGCAGGACAUGUGAGAGAGAGGAGAUAAUAGUAAAAAGAUAAGGAGUUGGGGUACAUCAACAUCAUCUGAAAAUGGCUGGCAAGAGUUAGUUGGGGGACUAGGUGGCUGAACACCAGGAUCUAGAGAAAAGAGGAGAGAUGUGAGUGGGGGAUUGGGAAGCCCCUGAAAGAGGCCAGAUGGAAGGGGGGAUGUGGACUGGAGCGGGGAGCCCAAUGGGAGGAGAUGGGUCCCACCCAAGCAUCAUCUGUUAGUGCUACAAUAAAAGCCAAAGCUGGUUCUGCA